AACCGGCCAGUUCAAGCAAUUCUACCCACAAUGACCAGAACAAUAUCCAGAUAUUGGAACUACUCAAGACUAAAGCUAUAGCUCGCAAAGUUUCAGCCGGGAAUCUUCAAGCCAUUUAUCAAGAGAAGCAAAGAUUAGCGAAAGACCACUACUCUUCAGACCAAAAUGAAGAAUGGCAGAAUUGGUUCGUAGAAGCUACUGUAUGGGGUCGUCUCUGUAAGUCAACUUACAACUCAUUUUGAAUGUACUAACUUCGAACAGUCAAAGAUGUUCCGUUCCCAGGUCGAGAGCCUAGAUUUUAUCAUCGCUCUGGAGACAGUGGACAAAUCGCAAAUCCUGCACUUGACAAGCAUUUUGUGUUUUUGUAUGCACCCCAAGAAAAGGUGAUGGAACAGAUGGCAAUCAAGCGAGGCAUUAGGAGGGAAUUUUUUCAGUACCUCAACAGGACCAGACAUGAUGCCAUAGCCGUCCAUCCACUGUGUACCUGUUAUGCUCGGAACUUUCUCGCUGACCGCCUCACUUGGCGCAAAUUCUUCAAGGAACAAUUUCCAGUCGCCUGGCCUUCCCAGGAUCACAGCAAAGAGUGCCCUGCCAAUGCCCAAACUGGCCCCUCCCCCCCCCAAACACAGGCCAUCACGGCGCCUCCAACGUCGCCGACUGUAAGAGUUAGAGAACGCGAAGCUAUGGCUCAAGGACUACAGCGCCACGUUGCUACUAUCGAGCUGCCUCCGAAGUCAACAAUUGUCGAAUCUCAAGAGCCGGUAGCUGUAGUUCUGCCAACCCAAAGCUCCACCGCUAUUGUCAAAGCAUCGGCGGAGUCCCAAUGUGCCUCUUACUCGCCGGGCUUUGCUUCAACUCAAGCCCCGGCGCCAACUUCGAACCCGCAAGGUCAGAGAAUCAAUAUCACAGUCCCGCCGGGAAAGCCGUCGCAGCCGCUCCAGGGUAAAAGCUCAACUUUGGCUGGCGUACGAGUGGGAGAGAGCCAGGCUGAAUCCGCCCCAAGGGAGGUAGCUGCGUCUCCAGCUCGAGAAUUUCGGGAGAUACCUCCCCCAAUGAGCGUCCUGACCGCUUUAGCCCAAGCGAGGAAUAACACGCAAAUCCCGGAUGGUGCUCUGGUGAUGCAAGAUAUGGAUGUGACGAUUUGUAACAGUGAAUCUGUAGCGCAGAUGUUCCGAUGUUUGCAGGCCGAGAAUGCUGCUUCUAUUUUAUCCAUCAGUGAUGGCUUGAAGUGCCACUUCCGCUAUAGGCGACAAUGGAAUGGUGACCUCAUACUCUGGAUUGAGCCAUAUAUGCUUGGAGAUACUGCUGCUUUCUCUGGAGGGCAUUUCUUCCUCAAAGGCUGGGUACAACGCAAUCUAGGAUUCGGUGUUGUGCAACCUUCUUUCUACCGGAAUGAGAUCUACAGCCACCUCAACUUUAAGCAAGCGGCGACGGCUUCAACCCGAGUGCACGAUGGAAUGUCUCCCAUCAAUUCUGACACUGGAAACGGCAUAUCGUCAGCCAGGAAUAUCGACGGUGCUACGGAUAACACAGAGCAGAAUGUUAACGGUGUCCUGAUUGUUCGAGGUGCUUUCCUCGAAAUUGUGCCUUGCUCUCGUGCGGCUCUCAAGAAUCUGGCCUAUUCAUUUGUCAUCGAUAGCUCCAAGGAAAAGGUAGAGCAGGGAUUACGAUGUUCAUUCUCUUUGAACGAAUCCAAAGGAUCCAACAAGACCGGCGGAACGGAGCUCGACCUUGCAGUGAGGCGACCUGUGAGCACAGAAGAUAAGGAUUUUGAAAAGGCAACACGGUUUCUACGAGCUUGGGCGUUACGUGCGAUGCAAAAUACGCCAUGCAAGCCUUCCACGUUUCUAGUCUGUCCCGAGGGCUUGUUUAUCCUAGGGAAAUCACCACCUGUCAUACCAGCAAAUGACGUCUCGGAAAAGCGUUCGGGCGACCGAGAAAACACUCGGUCGUCCUUCAAUGCCUCCGAUCUAGAUCUUUUGCUUAGUGAAGAGACUGCCAAGGCAGAAGGAUCUUCACGUCUUGUCCUGGACGAAGUCACUGGCGAAGUAGCCAGCCUACGAGAACUGCUGAAGAAGACUCUUCACAGAGCCUCUGCUAAGAUAUUAGAGUCCUCGACCAUAGUCGAUGGCGAGGACGACGAUGAAGAAGAAGAGGAGGAGGUAAAAGUGUUUGGUACAGAUGGACAAAUGAAGGAUAUGGGAGGAGGAAAGUUUGUUGUGGUCAAAACUCAGAAAUGUUUCGAAGUUGCUGGUGUUGUCAGUGGAAAGCGUAAGAUGGAGGAGGAUGCAACCUUCGGCGAGUGCGCUGAGAAGAGGGUCUGCACCUCUAGCGACACGGUUCCUGAGUACCAGGAUUCUAGCGAAGGCGUAGUUGUAGCAGUGGAAGGUGUUACCGGAGGAACAAAGCAAAAUGGCGUUGAUGAGCCUGCCACAAUCCCGAUGAAGAAUCACUCGAGGGCCGUAGAGACCUUUGAGCUUGCUAAUGGGAAGUGCAAGGCUGAGGAGGUUUCGCUGGAGGACCAUGCAGAGCAGAACGGCGUUCAUGAGUCUGCUCCGACUCCUUUGGAGAAUGGCUCUGGGGGUGUUGAGACCUCUGAGCAUGCCAACAGGAAGCGCAAGGCAGAGGAAGUUGAGCCGGAAGACCGCGACGAGAAGAGAGUCUGUGUCUAACUCGUCUCCUUGCCCUUUUCGGGAAAGAUGACGGGCGAUGGGAUCUGCACGAUGUGUAUCACGGAGAAGACAUUGGACGUGACAUUUACGUUAGCUCGCAUCAGUGAGUGGAUAUUGAGAGAACGAUUAGCCUGUAGAGUAGAUGAUUCUGUUGAGAUGAUCCUUUAAUGUGAUCGGACGGUGCUGGACAUAGCCUCCACUCAUCCCUCAGUCCAGACACACAAUAAAUACUAAGGAAGCAGGGUAGAAAAUUGGUAU